GGUACAGUUUCAUUUGGAACAUUUGGGUAAAGAAACAACACAACUUCAAAGAGAUUCCAAUUCCAAUUCUAAGCUCCUUUAAUGGACUCCAAAAAGCUCCUCUGUUUCUCUCUCCUCUGCUUCUCUCUCCUCCCAGAAUUAUAUGGGGUGGUUUGGGUUUCUGCUGGCGGGGUUGGCCACCGUCAUCGCCACCGCGUGCGGCGGAGUGGGCAGAGGCUUGGUGGAGGGGAGCUGUCGGAUUCGAAUCCUAGAAAGCUGUUUGUGUUUGGGGAUUCUUAUGUGGACACCGGAAAUAACCGGAAACCGGCGGCAAAAUCUUGGCAGUAUCCUUAUGGAAUUACUUUUCCCGGUAAACCCACCGGCCGUUUCUCCGAUGGCCGUGUUUUGACCGACUACCUAGCCAAGUAUCUGAGAGUGAAGUCUCCGAUUGCGUACAAAUGGCGGAAAGUAGGGUUAGGGCAACUGAAAUACGGGAUGAAUUUCGCGUACGGCGGCACCGGCGUUUUCAAUACCUUUAUAAUGAGCCCUAACAUGAGCACUCAGAUCGACUUCCUCCAGCAGCUGAUCCACGAAUCGACGUAUACCGCCCAAGAUUUGCAUUACUCUGUGGCGCUGAUCUCCCUCGCCGGCAACGAUUAUGGCGUCUACCAGGCCACUGACGGCUCUGCUCAGGGGUGGCAGCCAUUUAUAACGAAAGUGGUGAACCAGCUGGAGGUGAAUUUGAGGCGCAUCCAUGGGCUGGGGGUUCCAAAGAUAGUGGUGACGUCUCUGGAGCCGCUGGGCUGUCUUCCUAGCAGCACAGUUGCAUCCUCAUUCCAACAGUGUAAUGCUACUGAGAAUCUGCUUGUCAAUUUCCACAAUCUGCUAUUGCAGCAAUCUGUGGCAAAGCUCAACAGUGAAGUAAAAGAUGCCUCUGCAUCCACUUUCAUCCUUCUUGAUCUGUAUUCCUCUUUCAUGGCUGCUCUCAACAACAAAGGAGACCCUCUUGGGAACGUGAAAUUUGAGAACCCAUUGAAGCCAUGUUGUGUUGGAAUAAGCAGCGAGUAUGCAUGUGGGAAUGUGGGUGCUAAUGGGGAAAAGAAGUACACCAUAUGUGAAAAUCCAGGAGCUGCAUUCUUCUGGGACGAAGUGCACCCUUCUCAAAAUGGCUGGUUCGCUGUGUACUCAGCAUUGCAAGCAAAUUUAAAGCAGCUCUAAGCUUUAAAUUACAUAGAAAUCAGAUAAGUGACCCCCCAAUUUGACAAGACAUUUCAUUCAUUCAAUGAUCAUCUGUCUUGUAGUAUUCAAAUAAUAUUUGGCAUGGCCCCUUUGCCUCUGCUCUCUGA